AAGAAGCAGGUAGACGCAACAGUCUGCGACACCAGUAAAUUCCUAUAUCUGAGUCAGUGUAAUAAUGUACAGUAUAAACUGAUUUGGUUUUUAAGUACCCGGAAAUUUUUGGCGGAGUUGUGGCCGCGUGGGAUUUUAUUGAAAUAAAAACUGUGAGCAAUCUCAAAUGACAAGAUGAGAUCCCGGUGUUGACAAGUGCGCGAUUAGUAUACAACUUUAUCGAGAUAGACGAUUAUUUGCGCACAAUGUCUUUGGUAGUGUCCAAGCCAUGCCGCGAAGACGAGGAAUCAAGGCAUGCCAGGGUUAAUGAUUGGAAAAUCCCCUUGGCAUUCAACAAAUUGAGGCACACAGUAUCCAUCGAGGGGAAUAAUUCCAUGCCCCAAGGAUGGAGAAUGAAAGAAAGGAUGAAAACUGUGAGCGUCGCCCUGGUGCUAUGUUUAAAUGUGGGCGUCGACCCUCCAGAUAUUGUCAAGACACAACCAUGCGCUCGUCUCGAAUGUUGGAUCGAUCCACUUUCAAUGAGUCCUCAAAAAGCAUUGGAGAUGAUUGGAUCAAAUUUGCAAAAACAAUAUGAGCGAUGGCAACCUCGUGCAAGAUAUAAACAAAGUCUUGAUCCAACUAUUGAGGAAGUAAAGAAAUUAUGCACAUCUUUACGUAGAAAUGCAAAAGAAGAGAGAGUUCUUUUUCAUUAUAAUGGUCAUGGAGUUCCAAAACCCACUACCAAUGGAGAAAUUUGGGUUUUUAAUAGGACAUACACUCAAUACAUUCCACUCUCGGUUUAUGAUUUACAAACAUGGAUGGGUGCUCCGAGUAUUUAUGUGUAUGAUUGUUCGAAUGCCGGAAUCAUUGUUGAUUCAUUUUUGCAAUUCGCCGAACAACAUGAAAAAGAAUUCGAGAUGGAGAAACAAGCAGCACAACAAAAUCGUAGCGCGGUUACGCCAAAUGUCACACCGCCUAAUUAUAAAAAUUGUAUUCAAUUAGCUGCGUGUGCUGCGAAUCAAAUUUUGCCAAUGAAUCCGGAUUUACCGGCAGAUAUUUUUACGGCUUGUCUUACUACGCCGAUUAAAAUUGCCCUUCGCUGGUUUAUAGCACAAAGUACUGCGAAAUUAAUACCUAAAAUUACCCUUGAUCUUAUUGAAAAAAUUCCUGGACAAUUGUCUGAUAGAAGAACAAUGCUUGGGGAAUUAAACUGGAUUUUCACAGCUAUUACGGAUACAAUAGCUUGGAAUACUCUACCUCGAGAAUUAUUUCAGAGGCUAUUUAGACAAGAUUUACUAGUUGCUAGCUUAUUUAGAAAUUUUCUAUUAGCCGAAAGAAUUCUCCGCUCAUACGAUUGUACUCCAGUUUCGUGUCCUAAAUUACCACCCACAUUUCAGCAUCAAAUGUGGUUGGCUUGGGAUUUGGCGCUUGAUCUUUGUCUAUCGCAGCUUCCAGGAAUUUUAGAAUCGAAUAAACCAUUUGUUCAUUCUCCAUUUUUUGAAGAUCAAUUGACGGCUUUUCAAGUGUGGCUUACAAUUGGAUCAAAACAUCGUAAUCCACCUGAACAACUUCCAAUAGUGUUGCAAGUUUUACUAAGUCAAGUUCAUCGAUUGAGAGCUUUAGAACUUUUAGGAAAAUUUCUUGAUCUUGGCCCCUGGGCUGUUAAUCUUGCUUUAAGUGUCGGGAUAUUUCCAUAUGUGUUGAAACUAUUGCAGAGUAAUGCCAAGGAGUUAAGACCACUUCUCGUAUUUAUAUGGGCAAAAAUACUUGCCGUUGACAAUACAUGCCAAGCUGACUUGUUGCGUGACAAUGGUCACAAGUAUUUCCUUUCUGUUCUUCAAGAUACCUCUGUGCCUAGUGAACAUAGAACAUUAGCUGCUUUUGUACUCACUUGCAUUGUGAAUAAUUAUCUCCCAGGACAAGAAGCUGCUUUGCAAGGGAGUUUAGUUUCUAUUUGUCUAGAACAAUUAAGUGAUCCAAAUCCUUUAUUGAGGCAGUGGUUAGCUUUAUGUCUUGGGAGGCUAUGGCAUAACUAUGAUAAAGCUCGAUGGUGUGGAGUUCGAGACAUUGCACACGAGAAGCUUUAUACUUUACUUCAAGACCCAAUUCCUGAGGUUCGCGCUGCUAGCGUUUACGCAUUGGGAACAUUUAUCAACAGUGUAACAAAAAGAAGUGAACAUGCUAACAACAUUGACCAAAUAAUAGCAAUGACUCUCAUUAAUACAGUAACAUAUGACAUGUCCCCUCUAGUCAGAAAGGAAUUAGUGGUAGCUUUACAAUGGAUGGUAUUGCAUUUUGAAAAUUUAUUUGUCACACUCGCAAUUGCCGAAGACAAUAGAGGAAAAGAUCUUGUUGUUGAGACAUUUUCUCCGUUCAGUGGAAUGAGAAGAAUUAAUUCAAAAGAUAGAUUAAAAAGUGUAUUUUCUCCUAAUAGCGCCUCAAUAGAUACGCCUGAUGGUUUUAAUCAAGAUCGAAUUAAACGCGUCUCUUCAGUAUCAUCAAUUAGCAGUUUGGGAAAUAAUUGGGAGUUCGUGAGGAAACCUUGCGAAUCAAUUGGUCACAGUUCACUAGGCAGUUUACCAAGUUUGGCUUACGGAGGUGUAUAUAUGAAAUUGUGGCACGGUUUAUGCGGUCUUGACAAUGAUCCUCAUCCAGCAGUUGCUUCAAUGUCACAAAAAGUGACAAAUCAUAUUCGUAGUCAGGUGAAAGAAUCAUCAAAUGCGAAAGAAAUGAUGGAAGCUAAGAUAUCGUCUUCACUAUCUCUUCCUCCAUCGCCUUCGAAUAGAACAAAUUAUUUCAGCAAUAGCAAAGGCGAAUCACCACCAAAUGUUAAUUCUGAUCUCACUCGAUCACGUAUUCCACCUCAUGCCAAUAGACCUAGAAAACCGGUGCCCAAUACGAUUUCGGAAGAAACCGAUGAACCACCGAUAAAAAAUCCAUUGAUAACUUCACAAUUUUUGGAAUGGAGUUGUGCUAAUUUUGCCCAACCGGUCAAUUUAGAAUGUGAAACUGAUCCUUUGUAUGAUGUCGAAAGUAAAGCACAUCAAGAACGAGAAUGGCGAUAUUUACGAAAUCGCAAACAACGGAACGAUGCGAAAGAAGAGUUUAACAAAAUAGCACACGGAAGACUUGAGUCUCAAGUAUUUCAUGUGCGAAGUCCUCAACCACCAGAUCUUUUUGUUUUUCAUCCAUUUGAUUCACAUCUUGCAGUGGCGUGUAAAGACUUCGUUGGAGUUUGGGAUUGGAAUACAGGAUCGAAAUACAUGUAUCAUCCAAUGCCUCCAAGUAAGGGUAACAAAACAUCGCGUGUGACAGCGUUGGAAUUUAUAAAUUCACACGACAUUACUCUAUUGAUGGCGGGAUCGGAUGACGGUACCAUUAGAAUGUGGAAGAAUUAUUUUACCUACAAUAUGCUGGGUCGAGAACCAACUCUUUUAACGGCAUGGCACGCAUUAGCAGAUGCACAGCUGGCUAACAAAGGACCUCCAGCAGCGAAAGGUCUUAUCACUAACUGGGAACAACAUUCUUUAACUUUGGCUGUUACGGGGGAAGUAAAAAUUGUUAGACUGUGGGAUGCAAAUACAGAAUUGAAAAAACAGGAUAUAACAACAGGUGCAGAUUCUUGUGUUACGUGUAUAGACACAGACGAUACAGGAGCAAUGAUGGCCAUUGGUUGCGGUGAUGGUUCCGUACGACUCUUCGAUCGUCGACUGCCAAGUUCAGAAGCAAGAGUCAUGACCUGGAGAGAGCAUAAUUCUUGGGUGCUGGGAACAUUUUUCAGAAAGAGUAAAGGUCCUCCACAAUCUCUCGUCACAGCAUCUUCCUCAGGUGAUGUCAGAUUUUUUGAUCUCAGAAAAAAUUCAUCAAUACAAACAAUUCAAGUUGCACAAAAUAUUACAACUUUUGCUGUACAUGAUGCCGCUGAUAUUUUCGCAAAUGGCGCAGCAAAUCAAUGUAUUAAUAUUUACAACUUAUCUGGUCAGCAUUUAAAUUCAAUCAAGUUGCACGAGGGCUUUAUGGGUACACGAAUUGUUUCCGUCAAUUCUUUAAAGUUUCAUCCACAUCGCGUUAUUCUUGCCACGGGUUGCGCUGAUAACAGUUCGAUAACCGUGUACGCCUCCGAACCACGAAGAUGACUAUCGGAGAUAGAAAUUAUAUAGAAUUACGCAAUUCGCUAAUACACCCGUUUAUCUUCACAGGUAUCGACUCAACUUUUGUCAUUAGGAUUUCGAUGAUUUACAAAAUUCACGGAUGUUUACAAAAUGUUUUAAUUUUUUUUUUCGAAUAUCUUUACAAGUUUGUAAAGAAAUUGGAAAAUAUUUUAAUUUUGUAAAAGUCCUUGACUAGAAUCUCACAAAAUGAACAUAAUCUAAAAUAAUAAUUUUCAUUUAUGUUUUUAAUAUAUCAGAAAAUUCUUAAAUAAUUAAGAAUAGUUUUAUUCUUAAAUUUAUUCGUUCCAAAGUAAUUUAAAUAAAUUUUUCCCAGUAUUAAUAAUACUGUGCUGUUAAAAGUAAUAAUUUUAGUUGAAUAUAUUGUGGAUAAAUUCUACUUUAACAUUAUUUCUAUAUUAAUAAAAUAUAAUUCCAUUAUUGAACACAAAAGAGUAUAGUUGUGAAAAACUAUACAUUAAUCGAGCCUGUGAAGAAAAAUUUGUUAUUGCACAAAGCUUCGCGCUUUUAUAAACCGCGUCAAUCAAACAAAAAAAAAAACGAUCUUUUCAUGAUCGAUGUGAUAUUUUACAUGCACUGCAUUAUCGAAUAAUAUUGCUGUGUAAAAAAAACAAUUUGACAAUUUAUAUUUAAAAAAAAAAUGUGCGUGCGCAUGCGUUUUUGUGAACGUUAUUAAUUGUUUGUGUACGUAUGUAAAUUAUAUAUAAUCGGUUAAAAUGUAAAUAACUACAAAAAAUGCGUCGUAAAAUAUAAAAUUAGUUAUUUUUUUCAUGAUAAUCAUAUUUUAGCAUUUUGAUCUUGAUAAAGGCCAAAGUGUUAAUGUAUGUAAUUUGUAGAUGAUUCUCAUGAAUUUAUAACUAAUAAAGAUUCAUCUUGUGAUAUACGAAUCGAAUGAAAUCCAAAUUCAAAUCACAUUAAAAGCGCUUUCAAUAUUCAGAAUGCUUCAAUAUUUCAAAACAUGAAAAGCCUUUAGCAUUUAAACAAGUUUUUACUUUUAUCUGACUUGAUAUAUAUAUCGAUUUGAAAAAAAUUCAUUCUUCGGAACCUAAAUUUAAUGCGACUAUUAUAGUCUCCACUUGAUUAUAAUAAAUUAAUUUGACUAAUUUUUGUGAAAAUUUUUGAAGCGCUUUUAACUUGACUAAGGAGUCAUCCUUUCUUAAUUGUAUAAAAAAAAAGAAAAAGAUUGGUAGUUAAGAUUGGAAUGCUUUCGGCAACAUUAUUUUUCUGAUACAGUUACAAGUUCUGUGAUAAUUAAUGAUUUAAAUUAUAUAUCGAAUGCAUAGUUUUGUAACUUUUCUAAUUAUUCUUUUGCAAAUAUAUAUUUAUAUAUAUAUAUAUAAUAAAAAAAUAGCUGGAAGCACGCCAAUAUUCUCUUUAGAAUAAUAUAAAUUGACAUUAGAAUUUAGAGUUUGCUUAUAUAAGCUUAGGAUGUUUCAUACUCGCAUAUAUAAUAAUGUAUAAAAUGCGUACAUUUAUUGUAGAUAGUUAUACAGGGAAUAUUAUAAUAGAUAUAUAAAAGUGACGAAGUUGCAUAAUAUGUAUUUUUUUGGCAAAAAUAAUACAGGUAGAGAAUAUUUGAAUAUCGAAAUGUAAAACUUCAUGGGGUAUUGUGUAGAAUGUACAGAACACUUAUUCGAUAAAGUGUUAUUUCUCUUUAAGCGUUAAUUAUUCAUAAUUCAAAGUACACAAAUCCGUAAGGGAUAUCAGUAGAGGAACACGAUAUUCCACGUCACAAUGUACCGCCUUUGUAAAUAGUUGCCUAAAAAAAAAAAAAUAAUAAAAAAAGUACAAUCAUGUUACAUA